AUGUCUAGAGCGCUGGACGAUGAUGUCAAGAGGGCAAUCAAGCACGGCGACCAUGAGCAGGUGUUCCACAGGAUUGCGGGUGCGCUGACGCAGCGGCUGCCGGACCUGCUGGAGAUUGAACUGCUGGGACGAAGCCACAUGGUGGAUGAGCACACGAUACUGCUGCAGGAUGGACCGGCGAUAGCGGUGCCGAAGCUGCGGUUGGUGCAGGCUUUUCUCCAUGCCCGCGGACUGCUUCAGAAACACGUGGGAGGAAUGCUGGAUGAAACCAGUGAAGACGGGCUUGUUACGAGAGCGACGGCCGUCAUUCUACUCAUGGACCCGGAGCACCUCACCGCGGCCAACACGAGGAAGAGGCUGCUCCAGGAUGUCAUCAAACCGGGUGCCGACGUUGGCUCAAAGCUACAAGACGAGCUGUAUUUCAUAGACAGCCUCCUUACAAGUCGUCUGCAUCGCCAUACGAAGUCGCCCACCCUGUGGAGCCACCGCCAAUGGCUCAUGCAACGAUACCAGCAUCACAACCUCGACAUCGAUCCCACAGACACCAUGAAAAGAGUCAUCUGCAUCGCCGCCGAGCGCCACCCACGCAACUACUACGCAUGGCUUCACGCGCGCUACCUCACCCAAGCCGUCGCCGAAACCACACCCUCUUCCCAAGCGCAACAGCACCUCGCAGGGAUCCUCGACGCCGCGCAGAAAUGGGCCCUCGCGCACCACGACGACGUCUCCGGCUGGGCGUUCCUCAUGUUCCUCCUGGACCGGCACCCGGAGUACGCCGGGCCGGUGGUGGGCGAGGCGACGAGCCGGGCGACGUCGUUUCACUGGCGGAAUGAGUCUGUGUGGUACUUUUUCAGAAACAUUGUCGCGAGGCCGUGGUGCGGCAGGGAUGCAAGGGAGAGGGUUGAGGCUGCGAGGCUGGCGCUGCUGAAGGGCGUGGAGGCGAGGUCGGAGGGGGACAGGGUGUUGCGGCAGGCUUCGAGCUGGAUUGAGGAGUAUUCUACGUGA